GAUCCUCAUCGGUUGGAUGACUUUUUCCCGUGUGGGUCGGUUGGCUGGUCACCAUCGAGAUUCGAGACUGGAGUUUUCAGUUCAGUUCUAAUUCGGUGCCGGUGACGAGUGGUUGAUCGCUGCGGGUGUAGAUCGCGUGUCAAGUUUUGAAAACUGUUAAAUAGCUGUGUGGAUUAAGCCUCGAUUUAAGUCUGACAUUGAUUAAGUCAUCAUCUCAGAAGAGUGGAAAAGCGGUGCUUCAGUUGCCGUGACCUUGGAGCCUUGGAGUCGAAGAAAUUUGUUUGUUUUCUCAACGAGGAGGUGGUGGUGGAGCUUCUCUACUGGAGACGACGAGCAACAGAGGUGGGAUCUGCCGUCAGCAUGUCGAACCUAAUCAGGUCCAACGUAUUAUCAAUUGGAGAUCGUUGUUAGUAGCAAAGUCAUGAUCGUGGUUAGAUCAUUGCUGUACAAGUUUGCGCUAGGAAUACUACUGCUAGCGACGCAUGAUGCGGUAUGGGCCCAGAUUCAGGACGUCACCAUUGUUCUCAGUCAGGGGACGAUCGUCGGGCUCAAGGUCUUCCCGGAAACAUCCCGAAUACCGGUCUUCACCUAUUUGGGCAUCCCAUACGCGAAGCCUCCACUGGACGACCUUCGCUUUGCAUCCCCUCAGCCGAGUCCAGGAUGGAAUCGAACCCUGUACGCUCGAGACUUCAAACCAAUCUGCCCGCAGCUAGAACACAACAGCUACGAUGACGUGGACUCCCAAGGCCACUACAAGAUCCGUGAAACAAGCGAGGAUUGUCUGUACCUGAACAUCUGGAUGCCGGAGACGGCCAUCCGAUACGGAGGCUUCCCGGUACUAGUCAUGAUCACCGGUGAAGAGAUGGCCUUUGACUGGUCAAUCAAUCGGGCUACAGGUCUGGAUCUCGCGUCGGACGGGAUCAUCGUAGUCACGGUCCAAUACCGGACGAAUGUGUUCGGAUGGCUAUCCCUAGGACAGAGGUACGCUUCCGGGAACCUCGGACUUCUCGACCAGCAGCUGGCCUUGGUUUGGGUCAAGGACAACAUUCAAAAAUUUGGAGGCGAUACCAACAGGAUCACUCUGCUGGGCCAUGGAACAACCGGCGGACCAAAUGUGAUGACCCACAUGGUCAGUCCCAUGGCACGAGGGCUGUUUUCCAAGGCUAUCAUCAUGUCCGGUACUAUUUUCUCGCCGUACUCCCGAGUAAACACAGAUCGCAGGUUAUCCGAUGAAAUCGUAAAAAUCCUGGCCUGCAAUUACGACAUCGGACGCAACGUGCUCAAAUGCCUUCAGCAGAAGAGCGUCCAUGACCUUCUCAAGGCUUACGAGUACGUCUACCGCAAUGGAAACUAUACCAUCAACCUGGGUCCAAUUGUGGACGACUAUUUGCCCGCGAUGGAACGGUACGUCAUGGACGACCCACGGGUGCUGUUCGCGUCCAAGUCGUUCAUCAUCGAGGAUAUGCCGAUCAUGUUCGGAAUUACCAGCAACGAAGGGGGCUUCAUGCUGAACAGGUGGCUUGACUUUGCAAAGCAGGGGCAGGACUAUCUGCGGAAGUACGUCAACGAGACGUUGGUGCCGAACAUUUUGGAGCAGUACGAAUUCGACGGCUUUGGACGGAGUCAGAUCCGUGAAACUAUCAACUGGCGAUUCUUCGAUCAGAUCCCGGAUACCACAGCACAUCUGCUCCACUCAAUCAUCAAGCUGACCACGGAAACCAAGUUUGAAAUUCCGUUCUACAAAACCCUGGAGGUCCUCAGCCUAACCUCAUCAGACCCAGCCGACCAGGAUCUCUCAAAAAACGACGACCUGCUUCACCAACAAGCCCUACGAGGAGGUGGUAACUUGUACGUCUACCUCUUCCAUCACUCAAACUCGAUGGAUAUGCGAGGCAAGAUCAACUACUUCGGUGGAGCGUCGCACUCCUCCGAUCUGCCUUUCCUGAUGGGACCCAGCCUGUUCCAGGAGAUUGGCCGGAAACGGCUGUCCCAAUCCGAGGAUAAGCUCUGCAAGAAAAUUCGAGCCUUGUUCACCGAGUUCAUCAAAGUUGGUGAUCCCACGCCUGGUCGUAAGAUCGACUCGUGGCAACCGUACACCAACAAUCUCAAGUACAUCAAGCUGAUCUCCACGCGAGCGGAGAGUCUUUUCCAGAACGACAAGCACAGUCUGGAGACCAACUUCGAAGACAACAUCAAAACUAUCGAAAGUAAACUGCUGAACACCAACCAGGACGACCAGGCCCCUAGCCCGGAGAACCCCUACCUCUUGGGUCACAUCAACCUCGAAGACCAAGAGAGCUCUCGCUCGUCCAAGAGCGCCAUCUACCUGGACAAUACCAAAGAUUCCGAAUACUUCCACUACCUGCGACGGCUCGACAGCUUCUGGUACGGAUUCCUACCGAAGCUGUCCCACAUUAUGAAUGCCACCGAUCAAGAACGGCUCCGGAACCGCCGGAUCGACUUGAUCCUCGAAGAAGAGCAGGAACUCUUCCGCGAGUCGUCAGAAGCGUCCCGCUACAAGCAUGCCUUCUUCUCGAUGCUGACCCUAGUCUGCAUGCUUCUGGCCGUCCUGUGCGUCUGCGUCUACGUCCUGAAGAAGAACACGAACACCAAUUUCACCAAUAUCUUAUGACA